AUGCUUUCAAUAGAAAAAGAAAAUUCAAGAGUUGCUACAACUAAACCAUUAGAUGAACUUUUUACGAAUGUCGGUCAAAAGUUUGAGACAGAGACCGUAAAGCAUGAAGGCUAUCGUUUUGACUACCCAUUGAGAUGGUUAAGAGACCCAUCCGUCACAAAAGCUAUUGGCUUUCGUAGAAUGAAGUUCAUUUCAGAAGCCAUACAUGGUUUCCCAUUUACGGUCGCUUUUGAAAUUCGAUACUAUAACAAAGAAAAACAUACGUAUGAGAAAUUUGAACAGGGAAAACUUUUACAAGUUAGUUUGCUUGUAAACUUAGAAACAACUCUUCAAGCUUUUCAAGAAAAAAUAAACGAUAUCUAUCUCGAAUAUGCAAAACAGUACAACAUUGA